AUGUCCCUAGACGAUUUUAGGAGAAGUGUUCUCAUGAAUUUGGGUGGUGAGGAACGCGUAGAAGUCAAUCAACGACUUUUGAUUGACAAGAUUUUAGCGCGAUAUUCUUCUGAAUUUGUGGUAUACCGGGAAUUAAUGCAGAAUUCAGAUGAUGCGAAGGCAUCGAGUGUAAACAUUAUCUUUGAGACCGAAAAUCCGAUCACCGGUAACAAUGUAACGGGGAAUAAAAUCACUCGAAUUCUAUUCAAGAACGAUGGUUUCGUCUUUAGACCCCAAGAUUGGGAUCGAUUAAAGAGAAUUGCCGAAGGAAAUCCCGAUGAGCAAAAAAUAGGAGCUUUCGGUGUUGGUUUCUACUCGUUGUUUUCCGUUUGCGAAAACCCAUUUGUUUCUUCAGGUGGACAAGGGAUGGCUUUUUAUUGGCGUGGAGAUCAUUUAUUUGCAGGUCAGGGACCAACUGGCGAUGAAGACCAGGUUUGGACAACAUUUUUAAUGGACAUGAGAGAACCCGCAGAGUUUCCAAACAUUGAAAAAUUCACACGAUUCUUGGUUAAUUCACUGCAAUUGGUGAUAGAACUGUCAAAGCGUACUCUCAACCCGAGAUAUAUGAACAGUUCGGGGUUUGACACCAUUUCUCCACAAAAACUGUUUCAUCUUACUUCAGUGGAUAUUAGAGAUGUCAUGAUAGACGUUAAGAGACUAGUUGUCCCAAAUCAAACUAUUGAUUUUCAGACAGUCAUUGAUUGUGAGAUAAUAGAAACAUCCAUUUGCCUUACAGUUAUUAGUGGAAAUUUGGAUGUUACACUCAGUAGAGAAUUUUCUGCUGAAAUGGAGCGAAUGACUAAAAAGAGACCUCCCGGUAAAACAACUGUCCAAAUGUUAUUUGCCCGGUUUGAUGAUACAAAUCAUUCUCAAAUCUUCAAUGAUUUGGUUCCAUAUCCAAAACAAGGAAAUAUAUAUAUUGGUUUCCCAACUCACCAAACCACGGGAUGUUGCACUCACUUGGCGGCUCGCGUAAUUCCUACUGUGGAACGAGAAUCAAUUGACUUGGUAGACAAAACCUUGGCUGUAUAUAAUAAAGAUUUGCUAUGUGUAGCAGGAAUAUUAUGUAGAAUUGUUUAUGAAGACGAUUUUGCUCAAAUUAAACAGCUUUAUAAUGAUUUGAUCGCUAAAUUUGAACCUGACGAAAAGAUAUUGUCUAUUCGUAGAUGGCUUGAAAAACGAGCAGCACAUAGUUUAGAUUACUUUACGUUUAAACCGAGUACGCCGAAUCCUGAAGUUGGAAGAAUAAUAGAAUCACAAUUUUUUAGUUGUUCGAGACGAGAUUUGUCUAUUUUGUCAACUAAUGGUGUCCUUCCGAUAUCAGACGUUCGUAUUCCUAAGCCAGAAAUGGCCGGAUUCAUAAAAAACGUACCAGUGGUUCCAAAGAUUUUAUUGGAACAAUGUGAAUUAUUUUUUAAGAAAGCGACUAGCCUAAUAAAAGAGUUGACAUUUGAAGAUGUUUUAUUCGAAUUAAAAAGUCGAUCACUUUGUGAAAAUGAAAUGGUUGAGCUUUUGAAAUGGUGGAGUUUUUAUAGGUCAAAUGGAAAUCAUGUUGACUCUGGAGAAUCUGAGCUAUUCAUGCAACUUGCUACCGUAUACGUUAACGAUCAGAUUCGACCUUUAAACACUUUUGAUUUUAUUUUGAACCCAGGCAUAAUUCCACCAGAUGUUGAUCUACCAGCUGAAGUUUUACCAUUUUCCAUUUCUAAAACUUUACAAAGACAGGAUCUUGAAAAAUGGCUUGGGUGGUCAACGUUGCCCUUGAUUUAUUGGGCAAAGUUUAUCGUCAAUAAUCCUAAUUUGGAAUUGAUCCCUGCAUUUGCCGAAAAGAUUCAUCAUAUUUUAGAAAAAAACUUAAAAAUUGCUUCAUCGAAUGACAAGGAAAUAAUUCGCCAGUUAUUUAUUCAAAAGGAUUGUGUACCAACCAAAUUUGGAAUGAAGAAUCCCAUCGAAGCUUAUUUCCAGGAUGUUAAUCUAUUUCCCGAUCUGCCAACAAUUCAAUUUUCAAAACCUUCAAGUGUUCAUAAUAUAAUGAAACUCUUGGGCGUUCGAAAAGUUGUUGAUUUACAAAUCAUUUUUAGUCGUCUUGGGCAAAAGGAUUGUGAUCAUAUGCAACUUGUGAAAUAUCUCAUCUCGGAAUUGGAUCAUCUCAAAGAAAAUGACAUGAUGAAAUUAAAGAUCACCCCGAUCUGGCCUAGAGAAAAUUUGGUAGAAUCAAAGACUAAGGGUAAAUUUAGAAAAGCGAAGCUAACGUCAGAAAUUCGACGUUACGUUGCAUAUGAACUGUAUGCGCCCGUAGCACUGCAUCGCGAAUUUGAUUUACCUAUACUUGAUUGGAGGAAAAGGUGGGCCCGUAGUACACCAGAAGGAAAACUCUUAAUCGACCUGGGUCUUCGAGAAUAUCCCACACUUCAAAAAAUCAUAGAAUUGGCAGCACCUCCUACUGAUCCUAAUAUUCGUGAAAAGGCACUUAAAUACUUUAUUGAUAAUUUUAAAGAAAAAUAUUCCAAAGAAUAUAAACCAUCCGACGUCAAAGUUGCCUUUUUGCCUUGUUCAUCACCAAACAUUUAUGCGAAGCCUACAGAGUGUUUUAUAAACAUUGAAUGCACGAUAAUGAAAUUCAAAGUUAUACGCCAAGAUUUACGGUUUAAUGUGGGACAAUUUGGCGUUUGUCAAAAUCCUAGUGGUGAACUACUCAAAGAAAGGUUAAUUGAGGAUACACCGCAAGAUGAAGAAACGGCAAAGAGCGUUUUUGAAUAUUUGCAAUCACAACAGGGAAGUUUUACCACCCAUAAUUGGUUGGUUCUUGGUGAUCUCAAUUUUAUUCCUAUUCGAGAUAGUAAUCGACCCGACGUAAUUAUUAAAACCAAUCCACGUAGUUGUUUCUUUGAUAACCAAGAAAAAAGUUUGAAUGAUUUCUUUACAAAAAUUGAUUUUGGGCAAAAAGCCAAUAAAUUCCUUCAAAGUUGCGGUGUCAAAAUCCUACCAUAUGCAAUAGACUAUGCCGAAUUGUUAGUUAAAUCAUCACAUGUAAUUUGGGGUUUAAUGGAAGACAAUGUAGAGAAAUAUUUAAAUAUUUUGAAAAGAAUUGCUUUUGAUUAUCAUUACUUAUCCAGAUAUACAGGAUUAUUGAGAAAGAUGUCGACAGAACCCAUUCUAGUUGCUAUAACAAGUGGACAAGCUGAAGGCAGAAAGGUUCAUUGUCGCUUGGCUUCAGCGAAUGAAAUUUAUAUAAAUGAUGAUACAAUAUAUCAGCAAGUUUUUAAUCCGUUUACGGCUCCAGAAGAUUGUAACUUGAAAAAUCUGUAUAUAAAGUUGGGAUGUAAAUCAUUACGCAAUUCCGUGACAGAAGUUACGAACCCAGGAUAUUAUGGUCUAGAAACCGAGAAUUCUCGAAAGUUAAAGGAAACAAUCAUGGAACGAGCUAGUUUAUUCUAUCAUGAUUAUUCUGAGAGUGAGAUUAAAAGAGAUGCGGAAUGGCUUAAACAACUAAAAAUUAAGGAGGUCGAGCGAAUAGAAGCAAAUUAUACAUUAAAAACCACUCAUGAGACAAAAAGCAAGUCUAUUUCCACUUGUCUGAAAGAGGAAUGGACUAAUUCAUGGGUGCUUUUUGUGACACCCAACACAAAAUCUCUUGAUAUCUCGCAGCAUUUAGUUAGAAGUAUCUACGUUUCACAUAAAUGGAAGGAUAUCUUUAAUCUCAAUACACUUUUAAUUACACCUUUGUCAAGCUUGGAAAGCAUGGGAUAUCCGAUUGAUUGCAUACCCAACUUAAAGCGUAGCGUCGAGAAGUAUAAUCAAAAGGGAAGGAGUACUGGAACGGUGACCGAAAUAACACCUGCAAUCACACAAAACCUACGAAAUUCUUUACAAGAUGUCAUAAAUGCUUGCCGCGCUCAUUCAGGAAGUUCGCUUCACAAUCAAGCUAGUGUCAAAAUUGUCGACGAAAGUCAACCGAGUUACUGCGACAUUAUACCUGGUCAUUCAUUAUAUUUUGUUGGAACUUUACAAGGGAUUAAGAUUUACAAUUCUAUAAUUACUGCUCAAUCUAUAAAUCUCUUUCAAACACACGCUAUUUCAUUGAACCGUUUUGUGAAUUUAUUGCGAUAUCUUGUAGAGGUUUUUCAGCUUGCACCAGAAGUUGUACAUAUAUUCUAUGAUAAUAAUUCAAAUUCGGUUGCAUUUAAUCGGGACAGAUCAUUAUUUUUCAAUUUAAACUAUUACAUUGGAUUACAUGGUGACGAAUGUCAAUAUGUAUUUACAAAUAAUGCCAUGAAUUAUUGGUUUAUGACAGUUUGUCAUGAAUUAGCGCAUAAUAUCGUACUUAAUCAUGAUUCUAAGCAUGAAACUUCGGCAGCAGGCACCACCAUCUCAACAGAAACUGGUUCUAUUGCAAAUCAGCAACAACAAAUCCAAGAACAGGAUAUUAGGAUGCAAGUCAGUCCUCAUUCGCCAACGCAACCACAAAAUAUUCAACAAACAACAGCACCUAUUUCACAAUUUGAUAUUAAAUAA